AUGGCCUGGCAGGCUGCCGGCGCUCAGCAGCUUGGCGGUCUACUACUUGUCGCCCUGCUUGCUGCCGGCGUUGCCCCGCUCAGCGAGGCUCUCCCAGAGCCCUGUAGCCAGGCCGGCAAGAUCCGAUUGCACCCGCGGGGCAACCUCUGGGCCACCGGUCACUUCAUGGGCAAGAAAAGUCUGGAACCCUCUAGCCUACUCCCAUUGGGGACAGCUCCCCAUACUUCCUUGAGGGACCAGAGACCACAGCUGAGUUACAGUCUGCUCAGGAUCUUCCUGCUAAAGAAAGCUCUGGGCAUGAGCCUCAGUGGCCCAGCACCCUACACCCAGGACGCUGCUGAUGCAAAUACUGCAGAAGUGACGGCAAUACUGGGGCAGACACGAUAACAUUGUGCCCACCCACGGAAGGUGGUGAAUAUGACCCUGGUGGUGGCCCCAUCUGGAUUCGGCGCUGCGUCCCAGCGAGUACAGGCCACACAUGGAGACAGAGCCAGGUUUAUCGGAGAUUCGAACUUUACCGAGCUCUAA